UUAUCUCAGAGCGCCUUGCGUUAAUCAUCACUAGACAUAAAUAGGCUAACUCGGAAUGAACAGUGUAUGAUGACAACGCUGUACACAUCGUUUAUACGGUUUCUGGAGCACAUGAUGGAAUUUAGGUAUUCUCAGAUGUGUUUUCUACCUGUGUUUCUGUUUAUAAAUGGAGUGUCUCUGCAGGAGACUGUUGUGGGUUUUAUUGGAGGCUCUGCUGUUUUACCUUGUUCUUCUAAAGAACAUCCGCUUACAAGUGAAGACAUAGGUGUGUAUUGGAAACACAGCGGCCAGAAUGUGUAUGGAAUUAUUUAUGGUAAAGUCUCUGUGGAGGGACAGGCGCCGGAGUACAGGAACAGAACUGAAAGCUUCCCUGAGGAGUAUCUGAGAGGAAACUUCUCCAUCAAACUCAACAACCUUCAACUCACCGAUGCAGGAAAAUACAAGUGCUACAUCAUCAUGGAGGAAUCAGUAAUCUGUGUUGAGCUUUUGAUUGAAGAGAGACCAGAAAGACAACUCCCCAGUGAAGGAACAAAACCAAGACCAGAUGUGAUUGUAAUGAUCAUUUCCGUUCUGUGCACUGGCAUUAUAUUUUCAUUGGCUAACUCUGCCACAGGGGUUUCUACACAAAAAUAAUUACACCGGUCCCAAGCCUGGAGGGGCUGGAGAAGGAUUCCAAUACACUACUGCAAUAUCAACAGAGCAGGGGACUGUUUCAUAAAACAGAUUUACC